GCGAGGUGCGUGGCCCGGGCGAGGAGGGAGUCUCGGAAUACGAGGAUGAGCCAAAGUUUCAUCCAGGCACUAGGGAGAGGAUGAAGGAUUGGUGGAGGCGAGCAGGCAAGGGAUCUGCAAUGGAGGGGUCUUCCAAGAGGAAGGAAGGAGGAAGUGAUUCGGCUCCCACCCCAACAGGAAAGAGGCUUCGCCAGCAGAAGGUGACUGAUUUUUACGGUGGCGAGUGGGUUGCUCGCCUCAAGAAGACAUUCCUUCGCUGGCUCUAUUCCAGCGGGGUCUCCUUUAAUGCCUUCCGCAACCAAGCUUGGAAGGCAUAUCAACAGGUGCUUCUUGAGCAGCCUGGCAGUUCCCCACGUGCUGUGCUCCCCAACCAAAGUGCGAUUGCGAAUAUGCGGGCGGUGGAGACCCACCGUGCGGAGCUGGCGGAGGAGUUGGAGGAGGUGAGGCAGCCAUUCAGGGUACCUGGUACCACCCUCCUCUCCAAUGGGAGGAAAUCACUAGACAAGAGACCGAUCGUGAAUUUCCUUGUCGCUGGCUCGCAAGGGGUCGUCGUGUACACGACAAUCAAUCGAGAGGGCGAGCCGGACGAUGCAGUUGAAGUCCUUCGGAGAUGGGUUACCAUCUUCCACGAGUUCAGCUUCGGCGGCCCACAGUGGGUCAAUGCGAUAUGCACUGACUCCUGCUUCUGCUUACGUGGGGGCUGCAAGGGCAUUGGCCUCGCAGUCCAUGCCUCUUGCACUGAGGAGGAUCACUUGGCUCCGGUGCUCCUUCGGGGCGGGCGCGCCAGAGUUGCAGCGGUGCGCUCUUCGGGUGAUGCACAUGUGGUCUUGCGCCUCUCCCGCAGAGAGGAACUAGGCAGUCCACGAGGGCAUUCACACGAAGAAGCGCAACCAAUUGUGCGGUUGACGGAGUAUCGGCGGGUUGGAUGCGGUUAUGUGUUGCCAUGGCAGCGGGACGAGGGCAUGCUGGAUUGCCAGGCAGGACUCGAGGCGGAGCCUGUGCGGACGGGCAUGCGUAGGGGGAUGACGGAGGAGGAGAUUGCCGGUCAGGUUGCGCUUAUUACCCGAGAUCCCAUCGGGGCCUCCGCACCACCCUCUGCUGAUGCCGUUUUCGGUAAACGUGCUUGCAUUUUUCGUUCCUACCCGAGCGAGGACGACUCGGACGAGGAGCCAGUGCCCAAGGCGGCAGAUGACCCUGCGCUCCGCAUUCCCCGUGAGAUCGACGAGACGCAGGACGAUCCCGACUCCGAGGAGAUGAGGGCAGACACUGCACGACGGGCGGCGGACAGGGUGGACAAGGAGAUGCUGGGGGGAGAGGAGGAUCCGGCAGCUGAGGUUACGAUCACCUUCCCCGGGGAUAUUGCAGGAGGAGGGGGCACCGGCGGCAGCAGCAAUGGAGGGGGGGACGUGACGAUCGCAACCGCGGUGGACGAGAUAGCAUCAUCAUCAGCAGCAGCAGUGCUGGAAGAGAUGGCAGCAUCAAUGCUGGAGGAGGAGGCACCGGCGGCAAGAGGAGCAGCAACAGUGGAUGGGCAGGUGGCAGCAGCAGGAGGAGCAGCUGGAGGAGCGGCAGCAGUGGAGGUGGAGGACGCAGUAGCAGUGGAGGAGGAGGAGGCACCGUCGGCAGCUGCAAUGGAGGGGGGGGUGGCAGGACUAAUAGAGGAGGAGAUAGCCGCACAGGCGAAGGUGCAGCGUGGGGGCGAUGACGAGCGCCUCAUGCAACAGUUCCUCACAGAGGAGCUCGAUCCGGUCAUAGCGGGUAUGACCCCGGGUGUGGCGAGGGGGCUUGGGAUUUCGGAUUCGGAGAUGGGGACCCCCUUAGACUUUGAUUUGUCGAUGGGCCUUCCACCUAGUUGCGGCAGGGCGACAUCAAAGGAUCGGGCUCUAUCAAGGGACGAGGCGGCAGGACAAACUUUCACGCAGACUCUGAGGGAGAGGACGACGAUUGAGUCUCCAGAUGCAGCACGCGACAUCAUGGAGCGAGAGAGGGCUCGACUUUUGGCAUCGAGUGACCCGCGUGCUCAGGUGUUCGCACGGGCCUUGGAGGAGGUCAGGCUUCGAGAGAGACAGAGCGGGUAUUGUGUGCAGGGUGGGGUGAUGGCCAGGAAGGACGUUGCGGAGGGAGUGGCAGCAGAGGCGGUCGAUGAGGCAUUGUCGGGUGGAGCAGAGGCAGCGGACGUUGCUGUGGAGGGACGGCCACAGGCGGGGGAUGAGGUUGUGCAGGCGGGACAACGGCGAGACGAGGGGCUAUAGACGUACGGCGUGUGGUCCAGGAGACAGCGUCGGGUGCAGUCGUUCUGUUUUCGGGCCUGCACUUGGCUCAGGUCCGACAAUU